GAUGAUCCUCCCAUGGAUUCUAUGUUCCUGAAACGGACUGCAUACUACAUUCUGGGUACUGUAUUUCCAGACAGACAUUACAAGGAAAGCUUGAUGCUGGCAUUCAAUGCGUUUUGUCGUGCGAAUAAUCAUUUUCAUCCCGUUAUCCUCUAGCCUCUGGCCGGAAUUCUCUUCCCGUUCCUUGCGGUUUCCACACAAUCACCGCAGCGAAAGAAGCCACGAAUCCUCUUCUCAGAACUUCUCUAUCAGACUCAGUUGGUGGAAUGCGGUCUUGUUACGCAAGGGGUCUGAGUCUGAGCGUUCCCGAGGACACCAUGCAUCACGCUCCCAUCGGAUUAUAGAAGCCAUAACACCUCUGGAAUGGGAAACGUUCCGUCCAAAUUCUUACAGUCCUCUUUAAUCAUAUCAAUGGCUAUCUCUAAGUUACCACCUUUUCCGGACGACGUCCCUACCCAUCCACUUCUUGUUAUCGACUACGCCCUUCUCAAAACGCAUGACCAGGAAGAGAUCGAGAGACUAUGG